GGCAUCAGAAUAUGCCGCUGUUCUUGGAGUUUGAGUGCAGGACAGACCCAGCAGCUAAAAGCCAGGGGAUCCAAGCCGUGCCCCCCAGGAAAACCCACUAAAUGAGCCUAUCCACCUUCCUACCUUCUUCUGCAGCAACCAGGAUGGAAAAACAGAUGUGAAGUCCCUCAUGGCGAAGUUCAACACAGGGAAUAACCCGACAGAGGAGGUCUCUAUCAACAGCAGGCCCUUCAAAGCUGCGGGACAAAACGCGCCUACGGGAAUACAAGCAAGAAAGAAUUUAUUUGACAGCCAAGGAAAUGCCAGCCCUCCCGCAGGACCCAGCAACACGCCUAAAUUUGGGACCACAAAACCACCCUUGGCAGUGAAACCUGUCUAUGAGGAUAAGUCUGACAAGGAUCCCAAACCCCCAUUUUUAAAACCUAGUGGAGUGAACCAAAGAUUUGGAACACAGCCAAACUCGGCUUCCAGAGACCCUGAGGUCAAAGCAGGGUUUCUGAAACCUGUAAGCCCCAAACCCACCAGCUUGACUAAAGAAGAUCCCAAACCGGCAUUUUUACGGCCUUCUGGGAAUAAGCUUCACAAUUUGAACCAAGAGUCUGACUUAAAGGCGCCAGGACCAAAGCCAGGACCAACUCCCCCAGUCCCAGAAAAUGAUCUAAAGCCAGGGUUCUCCAAGGUGGCCGGAGCAAAGAGUAAGUUCAUGCCAGCGGCACAAGAUGCUGACGCCAAACCUCGAUUUCCCAAACACACCUUUGGCCAGAAGCCAUCCCUGAGUACGGAGGACUCCCAGGAAGAGGAGAGUGCCUCUAAGAAUGUGGCUGCCCAGAAAGGAUCCCCGGGGCCACUAGGAGCCAAGUGCAAGGGUGGCCCUUUCAAAGCAGCGAGGGAAGACACAGAGGACAAAGACGGUGGAGUAUCAAGUUCGCCCUUUGCUGGGGUGGUUCUGAAACCCGCUGCAAGCAGGGGAAGCCCGGGCCUCUCCAGAAACUCUGAGGAGAAAAAAGAAGAUAGGAAAACAGAUGUGACCAAGAACAUCUUUCUGAGUAAAAUCAAUCAGGAAGAGCCAGCCAGAUUCCCUAAGACCCCUUCCAAGCUGACAGCAGGGACGCCAUGGGGCCCCAGUCAGGAGAAGGAAAAGGGAGACAAGAAUUCAACAGCCCCCAAGCAGAAGCCUUUGCCUCCCCUGUCCGUGUUGGGUCCGCCUCCACCCAAGCCCAGCAGACCACCCAACGUUGACCUGACCAGAUUCCGAAAAGCUGACUCUGCAAACAGUACCAGCAAAAGCCAGACACCUUACUCAACGACUUCGCUGCCACCACCUCCAGCAUCCCAUCCAAGCAGCCAGCCCCCACCUCCAGCAGCCCAUCCAUCCAUCCAGCCGCCACUGCCAGCAUCCCACCCAACACAGCAGCCAGUCCCAAGCCUACCCCCCAGGAACAUUAAGCCUCCCCUUGACCUGAAAAAUCAUACAAAUGAAGAAAAUCAAGAUGGUGUCAUGCACUCUGAUGGUCCUGGAAAUCUAGAAGAGGAACAAGAGAGUGAAGGAGAAACAUACGAAGACAUAGAAUCGUCCAAAGAACGAGACAAGAAACGGGAAAAGGAGGAAAAGAAGAGGUUAGAGCUAGAACGAAAGGAACAGAAAGAAAAAGAAAAGAAAGAACAAGAACUAAGGAAGAAAUUUAAGCUAACAGGCCCCAUUCAGGUCAUCCAUCGUGCGAAAGCUUGCUGUGAUGUCAAAGGAGGAAAGAACGAACUGAGCUUCAAGCAAGGGGACGACAUUGAAAUAGUCCGCAUCACAGACAACCCAGAAGGAAAAUGGCUGGGCAGAACUGCAAGGGGGUCCUAUGGUUACAUUAAAACAACUGCUGUCGAGAUUGACUAUGAUUCUCUGAAACGGAAGAAGAAUACUCUCAGUGCUGUUCCAUUGAGACUUGUUGAAGAUGACCAAGAAGUUUAUGACGAUGUGGCUGAGCAGGAUGCCCCUAACAGCCAUGGUCAGAGCGGAAGUGGAGGUAUGUUCCCACCACCGCCAGAUGAUGACAUUUAUGAUGGGAUAGAAGAGGAAGGUGCUGAUGACAGAUCCACGCCGCAGGGUGAAGAGAAGACUAGCACGUGGUCCUGGGGGAUUUUGAAGAUGUUAAAGGGAAAAGAUGACAGAAAGAAAAGUAUUCGAGAGAAACGUAAAGUCUCUGAGUCAGACAAUAAUGAAGGUUCAUCUUUCCCUUCUCCUCCUCAACAAUUGGAUAUGGGAGAAGAAGUUUACGAUGAUGUGGAUGCCUCAGACUUCCCUGCUCCACCUGCAGAGUUGAGUCAAGGAAUUAAUGUUGGAAAGGCAAAAACAGAAGAAAAAGACCCCAAGAAGCUAAAAAAACAGGAAAAAGAAGAAAAAGAUCUUAGGAAAAAAUUUAAGUAUGAUGGUGAAAUUCGAGUUCUCUAUUCAACGAAAGUUGCUUCCUCCAUAACUUCUAAAAAGUGGGGAGCUAGAGAUCUGCAGAUAAAACCUGGAGAGUCACUUGAAGUUAUUCAAAGCACAGACGACACCAAAGUUCUCUGUAGGAACGAAGAAGGCAAAUAUGGUUAUGUCCUUCGGAGUUACCUGGCAGACAAUGAUGGAGAAAUCUAUGAUGACAUUGCUGAUGGUUGCAUCUAUGACAAUGACUAGCAUUCGGCUCUGUUCUCUCUGCUGUGUCUGUUAGUGGCCAACAUGAAUUUUAAUCGGACUGUUCUUGGGUGUCGUAGAAAAAAAAAUGAAUGUGCAAAAUGAAAUUUCAAUCUCUUUAUAAAAUUUUGAAACCUUAAAUGAACUCUGUUUAAUAUGUCAAAAGAUUGGUAGUGAGAUAUAAGAACUUAUCUCCUUUUCUACUUUCUUGUCUUCUUUUUUCUUUUGAGUUCUUACUUUGCAGUUCAAGCCAUCUUUCCUGCCUCAGCCUGUGCUGUGAUAACAGACAUGAGCCGGGACAUCUGGCUUAAGGAUCCCAUCUUACCUCAGUUAUGCUCAUGAAGACACUUUUUUAGACCAUCAAUAGGGACUCUCCUCCUACCAUACCCCUUUUUAAAGAAAUAAAGAAAAAACAAAGGCAUCCCAGAGGAAGAAGAAAAAAGAAUAUAAAGAAGGAAUUUUAUUUUUAAUUCCACAAGAGAACUCGUGCUGCCCCUUACAACACCUGUUCAAAUUACCUACCCGGAAAAGGCGGAGCUUGAGCCUCUAGUUUCUGAAAGACAGUGUAACAGCAGACCAUUUGUAUCAAAUUGUUCCCUCUUUGGUCACUGAAAUCAUAUGUUAACUCUUCAAUAAGCAUGCUUUAUGCACAUCUAAGAUUAGCCUCUACGAGGGCCUAAAGUCUUACUUUGUGAAUCCAUACACACAUGGUUGCAAUCUGUACUCGGUUUAGACACCAUUGUUAUCUGGAGAAAUGGAGGGGGGACUACAUGACCCUUGUGAACACUGUGAGAAAGAACUUUGAAACUCGCUCGACUUUUACAGUAACUCCUUACUGUGAAGUCUCUUUGAAAGGGUUUUGUGUUUCGCUGUCAAUUGCUUCUGCAGAACCCAGUGAUGUUUAUAACCACUUUACUAGGAAGUUGUUCAGCUGAAGGAACACAAAGCAGUAAGUCCCACUGGUUGGCCUGGGGUGCUCCUCAUUGAGAUGUACUCCUCACCACCUUCUCUAGCCUGUAAGGCACUGGCUUUUGAAUGCUAAGAACACUAAGCACCAUGAACCAAAACACAAUGCCUCAACAUCCAAGAAGAUAACAGAUUGGAGAAUGUUAUUUUGAAAUUAGUAAAUCCUAAUGCUGGUUCUAUUAUUGACCAUGAUGCAACCCUGGCAAUAUUCAUUACCCUCCCAGUGUUCUUAUAGGAUAAGAUUCAACUAAGUUUAUCCCAACAUUUUCCACUACCAAUUAUUUCAAGCUUUUAUGGUUCCCUUAUCUCAGAUGCACACUUCAGAAGGCUUUUUUCCUUUUCUAUUUUAAAUAAUCGAUUAAAUAAUGAUUAAUACACUAUAUAUGUAAAUUGUAAAGAUCCAUUGGAGUUUCUGAAGAGUGACACCCCCCCCCAUUGAAUUUUUUAAAAGUCAAAAAUUGUAUGGGAUAGAGAGAUAACUCGGUUGGUAAAGUGCUUGUGUGGCAAGCAUAAAGAUUGAAUUUGAUCAACAGGCCCCAGAUGACAACCAUGUGUAGUGACCAGUACUUGUAAUUCCAGUGCAGGGAGGCAGAGACAGGAGGACCCCUGGGGCUCACUAGUAAGCCUGUCUGUCCUAAUUGGUGAGGUCCACACCAGUGAGAGACUCUAGUCCCAGGAGAUGGACAUCACCUGAGGACCAACAGCCAAGGUUGUCCUCUGGACUCCACAUGUAUAUGCCCUCACACACAUGGAAACGUGUACACACAGAUGGAAAAAUGGGUAAAGGAGGUCAAAGCCUUCAAAUGGUUAGAACCGGGGUUUCUAUUAAGUGUUUUGAAGUUUAAAAAGUGUCUACAGCUCAAUUUACAGGAUAGAGGGCUCUGAGUCUCCUGGGUUGGAAAUUAUUCAUCUCAGAUAGCCUUUGAUUAGGAAGAACUUUGGUGGUAUUAGUCAGCAUGUGUCCUUGUGGUGAACCUCUUUUGUCACUAGAUACAAAUUACAUGGCUCAAAGGUGGUUGUAUGUUAACUUUGGAAUCAAAUAUAGAUUAGAUGCUGACUGUAUUUUCAGUAAGUUUUCAUGAUUAAGAAUAGCAUAAAUUCAAUGCAAAUGUUAGAUUUUUAAAAAAAAAAAUCCCAAAUUAGAUCAAGAGAAUAUUUCAGAAUAUUUUAUAUUCAAAGAAAUGGACAGACACCUAUGAGAAAUUUACGUAAUAAUUAUUUAAUAUAUAUUUGAAGUGUUAAUUUUAAUAUACUAAAUGUGAUUUUGUUGUAGAUUGUGUGUAGAAUUUUGUCAUGUGAGAAGAGCUGCCAAUAAAAUAUCUUUUUAGCAAGUGA